UCCCAUGUACAGAGUAGCAGGACCUGUUUAUAAAGCUAUAUGGCAUUUAAUUUGGGAGUAAAACCUGCCACAGCCCAUUCCAAAGAGGCAUUGCCAGAAUACACAGCACCAUGAAGCUUCUUCUCCUGUGUAACACAACCAGUGCCCUCCUAUCUGUAGUUUUCUGCCUAAAUUGCUACCAAUACAACGGGCCUGCCGAUCACGCUCUGAACAAGCAGAAACGUACAGAAUGCAAGAACAGUCAGCACUACUGUAGUUCCACUCUCAUUACACUUAGCGGAUUCCUGUACGUGAAGGUUCUGGUGAAGGGCUGCACUGAUGAUAAGGCAGGUGCCUGCAAUAAAACUGAGACGGGCCGUACCAAGGACCUUGAGACCCAGCGGCGGAAACUUUGCUGUGACACAGAGCUGUGCAACAAGGAACUGGAACCAGAUUUAGGGGCAGAUGCACAGAAGUGGGGUACCGAAUGCCUGGCGUGUAAUGGAUCUCCCACGGAAUGCGGUGGAGGUGGCCUGCCAAGCCUGCGAUGUGAAACGUCCAAAUCGAAUUGCAUCCAAGUCUCAAUAGCUACAGCAGUGGAGAAAGAAACCCAUAAAGUCAUGAUAAAGAGCUGCAGCAACAGCUCCACCUGCCCUGGGACGGCUGCAUUUAGCAACGGGCACAACCCAGUCACCUAUGCGUCCCACCACGAGUGCUGCAACGGCACACACUGCAACAAUGGCCACUUCACAGACACAGAGCCAGGCUCAGAGAAUGGGCUGGAGUGUUAUGUCCAGUCAUCACAUCAAACUGUCGGCAAGAUGGUCUGUAGGGGCGAGAUGACCCGAUGUGCAGAUCUUAUAGGCCCCUCUCCAGACAACAUUCUGAUGAGCGGAUGUGCCACCCAGGCCUUCUGCCAGGGCCUCUACCCACAUUUCCUUUUACCAGGAUGGACAAGUACAGUGUGCUGCUCGGAGACACUGUGUAACCAUGGCAACACCACAGGCCCACCAACUAGAGCCGCAAGACCCUGAGUAAAGAAGGAGGAGAAUGGAAACAUGAAAAGUAUCUUAUGUAAUGGACAGAUGUGCUUUUGGAUCACAGUGUCGGACUUCUCCUAGGCUGCCUGCCCAUGUUCCAGAACGUCCCAUAUAUACAGGGAAACAAAUAUAUAUAUAUAUAUAUAUAUAUAUAUAUAUAUAUAUAUAUAUAUAUAUAUAGUGAAUAAAGU